AUGGACAGAUCUUGGAUUACGAAGACUCGAGGUACGAGGGAAUACAAUAAUGGGUGUAAUGCAUUUGUGGCAUUUGCAGUUCGUAACUGCAAAACACCUGAUGGUAAAAUCCGUUGCCCUUGUAAGGUCUGUCGGAAUAACCGUCACCACUCGCCCGAUAUCGUCCUUGAGCACCUGACGGCGGGUAGAGGAAUCAUGGUCAGUUACAGAAAUUGGUUCUUACACGGUGAGACAACCGUGUAUAAUCCUGAUGCAGCCUCUUCUUCGAACCUUCAUCCAACAGAUGUUGCCAGUGCCAACAGUGUAGAACAAGGUGGCGACAUGCAAACAAUGUUGCGUGAUGCAUUUGGCAUGCAUGAGGUCAGGGAGCCCGAUCGUGAGCCACAGUGUGUUGAUCAGGUGGGUGUGGAAAAUGUUACAGAAGAACCAGCUGAAAGUGGCGCUCAGAAGUACUAUGACCUGCUAAAAAAGGCGGAGAAGCCACUUCAUGGGGGUACUAAACAUAGCAAACUGAGUGCUACAGUACACUUGUACAACUUGAAGUGCAUGGGCAGACUGAGCAACAAUAUUUUCUCGGAAUUCCUUCAGGUCAUCAAUCAGUUGCUGCCUGCAUGUGAUGACGCUUUGCCAGCUAAUACGUACGAGGCAAAAAAAUAUCUCAGUGACAUAGGGCUCGGGUAUGAGAAGAUCCCUGCGUGCCGUAACGAUUGUAUGUUAUUUUGGAAGGCUAACCAGGAACUAGAGUCAUGCACCGUUUGUGGAGAAUCUAGGUGGAAGGAUGAAAUUUAUUUGGACGAGGAUGGUCAACCCACAUCGUCGAGAAAGAAACGUCCGGUGAAAGUGUUGCAAUGGUUUCCACUCAUUUCACGCCUACAGAGACUUUUUAUGUCGGAACACACUGCACCCCAUAUGAGAUGGCAUGAGGAAGACCGUACAAAGGACGGCGUGUUGAGGCAUCCGGCCGAUGGCGAAGCAUGGAAGUCGUUUGACCUCCUACAUCCAAAAUUUUCAGCCGACAGUAGGAAUGUUAGGCUUGGUCUGACCUCGGACGGCUUUAAUCCGUUCGGGAACAUGAGCACCUCUCACAGUACUUGGCCAAUCAUGCUUCUUCCAUACAAUUUGCCUCCUUGGAUGUGCAUGAAACAAACGUCAUUCAUACUAUCGCUGAUUAUUCCAGGACCAAGUUCACCUGGCAUGGAUAUAGAUGUGUAUCUCCAGCCAUUGAUUGAGGAGCUACAGAAAUUAUGGAACGUAGGGGUGCGCACAUAUGAUGCCUCAAAUAAACAGAAUUUUCAGAUGCGGGCGCAGUUGAUGUGGACAAUUAAUGAUUUCCCAGCGUAUGCAGAUCUGUCCGGGUGGCCCAACAGGGGUGAGAAGGCAUGCCCUGUCUGUAUGCAUUCAACAUGGUCUAGACGAUUAAAACAUGGGAAAAAAUUUUGUUAUAUGGGACACAAAAGAUACUUGCCAAUGGAUCAUCUUUGGAGACGGAACAAGAGGGCAUUUGACGGCAACCAAGAACAAGAAAGUGCACCCCACGUGCAAAGUGGUGAUGACAUCCUGAGACAGUUGGAUGGGAUGGUAUUUGGGGAUGAAAGUGCGGGCAAGAAAAGAGAGAAGAAGCGGAAGAAGAGACGAGCGGCAGAAGAUGCAACUGAGAAUGUCAUUUGGAAAAAGAAAAGUGAGGAUGGUCAAACCUAUUUGCCUGCAGCUUGUCACACAAUGUCCAACAAAGAUAAAAUAAAUUUUCUGAAGGUGAUAAAAAAUGUAAAGGUACCUGACGGAUAUGCAUCAAAUGUUUCUCGAUGUGUACGCCUCAAGGAACGUACGAUAUCGGGCCUGAAGAGCCAUGACAACCACGUAAUAAUGCAAGUGCUUCUCCCUAUUGCAUUGCGUCGCUCACUGCCAGAUAAUGUGGUUAGACCUCUUGUUGAGCUGUCCGCAUUUUUCAGGGACCUCUGCUCAACAAACUUAACCUAA